AUGAAGAGCCUCCUAGAGAAGAAGGUUUGCGAUCCCACCCCUCUCCCGGUCGUCUCCCUCAACCACGUCUCCUUCUUGUGCUCAUCCCUCCACGAGUCUGUCAGAUUCUACGAGGAAGUGCUUGGGUUCCAGCUGAUCCGACGGCCCUCGUCCUUCGAUUUCCAAGGGGCAUGGUUCUACAAUUACGGAAUCGGCAUCCACUUGGUGCAGAGUCCGGAAGCAGUAUCGAAGCCAUCGGAGAUCAAUCCUAAAGCCAACCACAUAUCGUUCCAGGUGAGGGUUACAGGGUUUGCAUCCAUUGCGUUUGACGCUUCUUCGACUGAUGAUUUCAUGAAAUGGCAGUGUGCUGACAUGGGAAGAGUGAAGCAGAGGCUCGACCAGAUGGGAAUCAGCUACGUUACCGCAGUGGUCACGGAAGGUGGAAUUAGGGUCGAUCAGCUCUUCUUCCAUGAUCCUGAUAAUAACAUGAUCGAGAUAUGCGACUGCGAAAAGCUCCCCAUUGUGCCUCUGUCCUUUCCUUUCGCCCCUCUAAAGACACCGCAGUUCUGCACCGGAAGCAAUCGAAGUCUCAGAAGGCACCGCAGCGUUGCAAGCAUUGGUUGGAUAAGAGAGUGAUGGAUCAAGAGGAUU